AUGGAUGAUCGGGAUCAUUUUCUUUUAGAACUCCUCCGUCUGGAGGGUCGUGGUGAUUUCUUACUUCAGGAAGCAUGUCGAGGUUCUGCAUGUUGCAUGAAUGCCCCUGAAUUUCGAUGUGAGGAUUGUCUUGGUACUGAGCUCUAUUGCAAGGCGUGCACGGUAGAAAGGCAUAUAGAAAAUCCAACCCACAGAAUUGAGUACUGGAACAGCCAACAUUUCGAAGACACUAACCUGCGGGAUCUUGGGCUGCAAGUUCAACUUGGACACCCUCCUGGUGAACAUUGUUCUAACCCGUCAUUGGUUCAUAACGACUUCGUGGUUCUUGACAUCAACGGAGUGCACAAUAUUCCACUCCACUUCUGCGAGUGUCAAACAGCUCAAUCUUGUACGACGCAACUCCUUCGCAUGUGUUGGUUCCCAGCAACUACACUGGAUCCGAAGACUACCACAACAUUUCGACUACUCCACCACUUCCACAUUCUUUCGUUCGAAUCAAAGGCCUCCACAUUUGAGUAUUGGCAAACGCUCGCAUGCUUGACCAACAACACAGGCGUUAACCCACAAAAGGAUCACUAUAAUGCGCUCUUACGGAUGGUAAAGGAAUGGCGAAACCUCACCCUACUCAAACGUUCAGGACGGGGCCAUGACCCUGGUGGGGUUGAGGCUACACAACAUGGUGCAUGCGCAGUGCUAUGUCCUGCUUGCCCCCAACCGGGCAAAAAUCUUCCCAAUGGCUGGGAAGAUACACCGUUUGAGGAAAGAUGGAAAUAUUCGUUAUUUCUGGCGAUUGAUGCUAAUUUUCGACUGGCGCGCAAAAAUGUAUCAUCCGACAAGACUGACCCGGCAUUCAAGAAGUUUCUUCAUGACACUGGCAAGCAGCCGCAAGAGAAAAGUAGUUGCGCGAGCCAUAACGCUGUAAACUUGGCCGAGACUAAAAACUCUCGCGGUUUGGCAGCAACGGGGGCUGGCACUGUCGAUUGUUCACGCCACAACAUGAAGCGUCCUUGCGGCGUUGGCGAUCUCCAGAAGGGCGAGAGGUAUAUUAAUAUGGACUAUUUAUUUUUCUCUACCCUGCAAUACUCGAAGGAUGUAGUCACGCUCAACGUGUCCUACGAUAUCGCGUGUCAAUGGAGCAAGAAUAUAUGGGAUCGUAUGGCUACAUACCCACAUCAAAUGCAUGUUGAACGCAGUACCAAGGAAUUCGUGUUCCUCGUUCCUAAGUUCCAUCUUCCCGCGCACAUCGCAUUCUGCCAAGUCACGUACUCACACAACCUUAUCAAAGGGAUGGGACGCACUGAUGGGGAGGCACCGGAACGCGGAUGGGCCCUGGCUCACCGCGACACCCUCGAUGAUCACUUCGGAGAUUUUAACUGGAAGAAAGUGACCAAUUUUCACAUCAGUCUAUUCCGAAAGCUCGUGGCAGCCAUACCUCAACGUGAUCAGCACCUCAUCGACUUCAAUGAUUUCAAUGAUACAUUAAUUGCAGAACGACCAGAGGAAGUCGCUCGGUGGAAGCUGGCUAUUGAAGGCUGGGAAGCCGAUAGAUCACAGACGAAUCCCUUCGAGGUUACAACUACAAGUGCCUAUGUCUCUCGCAGCGGUACGACUGCUCUCUCGCAGAAGGAAGCAGAAGACCUGGAACACGGCCUCAACUACUCACUGCAUAUGGAGGUAUCGCCAAGCGUUCUCGUGUCAUCGGGUAUUGAAAUAGAGGACCAGCAACGCCGGCUGGAAAGAGAGUAUGCUGCCUUGGGACCUCACUCAACGGACCUUCAGCUUACAAAAUUGCAAGAACGGAGCAAUGCGCUACAACGCAAAAUCGAGCAAUGGUGCAAGGUCCAGGUAUUAUACAUUCCUACGGUCGUCCGUGUUCGCGCAUCCGAUACAGCUAGUACCAUAAGCUCACGGGAAGAAAAACCCUACGAGGUCAAACUGUGGUUGCCGUCCCAGCUCAAAAGGGCUUCAAACGAUUUUCCACCUAUACAAGUUCAAAGCCAAUCAAUGUGUGGCCAACGGGCCAAUACACGUGCAGCGGGAGUUCUCGCUAAGGUGGAGCUUAGCAUCAAGACAGAUGCAGAGCGGUACCGUCGGGCCUGGACUGCGCUAGUUAUCCUUGGCGACAUUUUGCACGAACAAAGCUGGAGAGAUGAACUACUCAAGCUAGAACCUGAGCAUGUUCGGGGAAUGUCUGAUGGCUAUGUAGGCCAAUCCGAAGCGCUACGUGUCGAGUGGUGUAAAUCUCGGGCGCGCACACAUCGUUGGAUAGAAGAGGUAGAACUUCUCCAGGAGGAGAUGCGGCCGUGGUGGAGGGAUCAGGCAAGCCGGAGGAUCGGGUUGGAAGGUGCAGAGUUAGAAGGCCUUGAAGCAUAUGCGAAGCGCCAGGCGGCCCUUCGGAUCACGAUGCGGGACAACUGCCUAAGAAAAUGGUGUGCAGUUCCUGCGGCGAGCUUACCCCGGCAGUAG